AUGGUCGACUACUCUAAGAAGAAGAACGACGAGCUUGCGGCACUAUGCAAAGAGCGCAGCCUUCCUCACACAGGCAAGAAGGCUGACCUGGUGAAGCGACUCGAAGACUACGAUGCAAAAGCGGACAGCGGCACAGCAGCAGCACCCGCAAAAGCAGAGGACGAGAUCGACUGGGACGAGGAGCCAGCAGCAGAGACGGCGAAAGCAGCAACAACAGAACCUGCCGCAAACGCGAUAGCAGCAGGAGGUGUCGGUGAGGUGUCCAACCCACAAGCCGUGCCUAACCAAGAAGCCGCGAUCGAUCCUGCCAAGACAGAUGACCUGAGCGUUGCGCCUCCGGAAGGCACGACAGAGGCGAAGCCAACGAGCACAAUGCCAGAUCGCACUAUCGACGAGGAGCUGGAGAAGCUGAAGAAGCGCGCAGAGAAGUUCGGCAACCCACCCGAGAUGUUAGAGAACAUCAAGAAGAUGGAACGCGCGAAGAAGUUUGGCGUCGAGGGUGAGCCGGGUCUGGGCAUGCUCAACCAAGCACUAUCGACAGAGAAGCCAUAUGGUAAGCGUGGACGCGAAGGCGCGGAGAACGAUGGUGGCAUUCGCAAGAGGAGCAAGGUGCGGCCUGGUAAGAAGGGAGGUGGUGGCGGUGAGGCUAAGCCGAAGAAGGAGAGCAACGAGAAGAGCAAUGGCGGCUACCCAAGCUGGAUGACCGACAAAGAUAAAGAGGCAGCUGAACGACGCAAGGCGAAGUUCUCCUCUUAG